AAAUGACGAAUAGAGGGGCGGUGUUGUUUGCCGCCGCGCGAGCGGGCGGCGCGACCGUGGUUUGUUUUGAAGGCACUCGCCGGCGGCCAUGUUUCUGGGUCGCGGCUCGCCCACGGUCAAGGCGACGGGCGACCCACGCGCGGCCAGCAGCGCGGGCGGCAGCGCUGCCCUUGAAAAGCCGUGGUCUCCGCGCGCCGCGCGCAGAAUGACGAGCGCCGCGAUCCAAGCGCACCUGCAGCCUUCGUACCGGCUGCCCAUGGUGCUCGGCUUCCAGGAGCGAGAGCUCGAAGCGGCUUUCGAGCACAACCGAAACCCCAACUUCAGCGACCUGGCAAUCCUGGCAGCAGAGACGGGCUUGCCGCUCGACGCCGUCAAGAUGUGGUUCGAGAACCGACUGGCGCGCUGGCGAGUGUCCCAGGGCCUGCCAGCCAACGGCAGGAUGGUGAACCAGUGAAGUGGACCGGCGCUACCGCACUACCAGAUGCGGUCGGCAGCCGAUGCAGAGACACGAGCCAAAGACAUCUUCACACACUAAAGGGACGCCUACUUCAGGCACCGGAUAACGCACAUUGCGGAAGUACUAACCGACCAGGGCGUGAUGACUAUGGCGUCCACGCUCGUGGAGCAAUAAACACUAUUUCUGCAA